AUCCGCUUGCUUCUAACAUACACUUGGCCCGUAUUUUAUUUCCUUAACACAUCUUUGAAAAAAAAAAAUUACCAUGACAAAGCAAGUCUGCUUCUGCCAUGAUUUAUUAACUCAGUAAGAAUUUUUCUGUUGAAAGGUCCAGAAUCGAGACCUCAGGACAGUAACAAAGCAGUGGUGUGCAACCUGUUCCAGGAGACAGGCUGUCUCUAGCUACAGCUCCCUGGAUCCCUUCCACCUACUGUACCCAGGAUAACUGCAGCAGAACACUAAUGUAGCCAAACAUGGUUUUAAGAAACACUGGGCAACUCAAGCUUCUGCACCAUGUUUGUUCAAAGCUGACCCUGAAAUGCAGCGUGGGCUCUCAGUUCAUUUAGACUUAUCACAAUAUUUCCCAACAUGCAGUUAUUAAAGUUGGUUCUCAAGACUUGCAUACAACCAGUCCAGGCAACCUCCUAAAGCUGCUGUACUCAAAUAAGCCUUUGGUUCGAGCACUGACGUUGAAAUACGUUACUUAGAUGGUAUGUGGUAUUAAGUUUGUCUCCUUCAUUUUCUCCCCAGACCAUUUAUGCAUCAUUGAGACAUCCUGUUAUUAUGUCUUGUAAACCUACUCUCCCAUUUCAGUGUGGAGGGAAGGGAACAUUCCUACGGGCCAGCGGCAUUUGGCUUGACCAGGCAGUUUACAGUAUAACUUGACUAAAAGCACCAGCUACAUGGCACUGUUAAAAGCAUGGUACAAAGUAGAGCUGUCUUCAGUAUCCAGCCCAUUCCAUGAGGGAUGGUAGGACCACCCAGUAGGAAGCACUUUUGAAGUGCUGGAGUUUUAGGCUCAAAUGCUCAAGGAUGUACCAAGGGUCUGGCUAGUCAUUAAAGUGGGAAUUGCUGCUUUUAUAGGUGUCUGAAAACUUUCAACUCUAAUUUCCAAGUGGCUUCCAGAAAACACUCAUUUCUUUUUGCACAAUAUUCUGUCAGUGAACAGAGUUGAGCAAAGAAGUAAGUCCUGUUGGGAGGGGAGGGAAAGGGGCCUAGAAAAGCUGAGUGUAACCACUGAUGCCUGAUCCCCAGAUAUUGCUCAUCAAAUACAGCCUGUUUCACAUCCAGGCUGUCUCUAUUGCAGUGCAGAAGGUUUAAACCCCUGGAGCUUUAUUUAAUAUGGAGGUGGCUUUAGCCUCUGCUAUGACAUGACUUUUCACAGCUCCUCUCUCUAUUAUCUACAGUUAUUUCAGGCUGCAUUAAAUGACAAGACUAAUGCUGUCCAUUUUCUGUUCUCUGCUCUGAAACCUGAGAAUUGAUGUCAGGUUUGGUUUAUGUAAGAAUUCUCUUUUUCAUCCUUAUUUGCCUACUGUGCUCUGCAUGUUUGUUACUGAAGGGAAGGGCAAGUAAGUGCCUUUGGUAUGGGGAAUAGAAAGGGAUGAUGACUGAAGCAACUCUUUGAUCAGCAAGAAAUAUUUCUGGCUUGAAACGAUUUGGGGACGACAUCUGCUUGCAGGUCUGGGUGAACCUGACUUAGUGACAGUGGAGCUGUGCCAGUGUACUCUUGGGAUAAAGGGGAACAAGGAUUUGGUCUUCAUGAGGCACCUGUGUAAAAUCUGAAGCUGAUGAAGAGGUGGAGGCAGCGCAAGAGACGAUUGCUCAGCAAAGUAAAGGGAGUCUGAGCAGAGCAGUCGCAUGAAUGGCAGCUGCAGUGUCAGAUGGCAAAAAGGAGGGGAUGGGUUUGGUGUCCACUAAGCAAGUGAAUGCAGGAAUCACAAAUAGUGGUUAAAGAGAAGCUGCUAAAGCAGCUUUUCUUCACCUUACUUUUUUAGUUUCUUGAUUUAAUCUCACUUAAAAUUUCUUGCAGCAGACAUAAAGACACUGGAGGAUUAUUAGUAGUGCUGAGUUGAGCCCUCUCUGAGAGAGUGGUAGUAGAGAAAGUAUUGACAGCUGGAGAAUGGGGCAGGUGCUUAUAAAUCAUGCAUACAUGUCUGUGAGUUUGUGAACUAAUUUUAAAAUAAAGAAAACCUAAUUUGCAGUUACUGAAUGGGUAUCUGUUUGUGGUCCUGAGGACCUCAGCCAUGGCAGGAUGCCCUCUCUUUUGUUUGAACCUGCUGUUCUGCCAUCCUGGAAGCAAAUUAAUCCAGUAACUCCAGCACUGAACUACUUUAAGGUGCUUACUUUUGAUCUUUCCCUCAUUGGGCAUUCAGCUGUUGGGUGAGAGGAAACCUCAAAGCACCAGUGAGGAAGCCCUGGAUGUCUCAGAUCCACUGGGAUAGCAAAGCUGGGUGACUUGGCAUGGUCUUUAAGGGCAGAGAAACAAGGAGAAGAGAGUGAAAAGCCAUUAAGUGAUACCCUUAGCACUGUAAUAACCCUUGACAUUGUCCUGCAGAGGAGCAGCUGGCUGGGCAUAAAUCACCUGCCGUACUUAAUGGACAAAAAUACAGACCUACUCCAUUUCUUUUCUUCUCAGGGAAAAUCCUUCAUUAAAGACGCUCUGAAGUGUAAGGCUCAUGCCUUGAGGCAUAAAUUCAGCUGCAUCAGCCGUAAGUGCCCUGCCAUUAAAGAGAUGGUGUUCCAGUUACAGCGGGAGUGCUACCUGAAGCAUGACCUCUGCUCUGCUGCCAAGGAGAACGUCCAGGUCAUUGUGGAGAUGAUUCACUUCAAAGACCUGCUGCAGCAUGAGCCAUAUGUUGACCUAGUGAAUAUCCUGCUCACCUGUGGCGAGGAGGUGAAAAAGGCAAUAACAAGAAGCGUCCAGGCCCAGUGUGAACAGAACUGGGGAAGUCUCUGCUCCAUUCUGAGCUUCUGCACCUCGGCUGUGCACGGUGACGCCGCCCUGGGCGCCGAGAAGAAGCCGGGUGAAGCCACCAAAGGCGGUGCUGGCCGUGGGGACAUGCUGGCCCACUCCGACCCCGACCACAGGGAGAGCUCGAGAGCAUCCAAGGGAGAGAGAGGUACCAAGGGCCACUUGAACGCCCACGCCCGGGUGAAAGCUGGGGGCCACAGUCCCAAAGGGGCACAAGGGAUCGUGGACCGGGCAGACGAACUGUCCGACUUCUCCGACAUCCGGAGGUGAAAAAAGGCACCAGCUCCCCCUUCCCCCCCAUCCUCCCCCUCCACCGGAAUCCUCCUGAGUUCCAUCUUCCCGUCUAUGGACAUUCCAAAGCAUUUCCCAUUCAGAGGUCAAGCACAGGGCAUUGCAAGAUAUAUAUGGACCUCGGCAACAGUGUAUAUAGUAGCAAAGGGAGAGCAGUGGCAAUGGGUUAUCGAUCCAGCAAACUCGACACUCGAGCAGCCACCAAACGUGGCAAAAUGUCUCCAACUAAAUUCUUUUCCCCUUUUUUAUGAAACAGACAUAAUCUGAAAUUUAGGAUCUUGUUUGGGGAUUGUUGGGUUGGUUUUGGGGUUUGUUUUGUUUUUUUCCCUUGGUCUCCUUGGCUGGGGAGACUGUUCCAAGAGGGCUCUGCCAGACUGCAUGUGGCUGCUUGUGGCUUAGCACCUCCAAAGGUCUAGGGCACAGCCUUACAGCAGAUGGCUGAAUUCCAAAGGGAUUUGGUUUCUGCUUGUGGCUGAGAACACAAGAGCUCCAGGCUCUCUAUGUGAAGCUCUCUAAUGAAGUAGCUGCCCCGUCUCUCGCACAGGAACCGUGCGGUCUGGAGCUCCACCACUUUCUCUUAACUAACUUCUGAGCCAUUGUUCCCACCUGGGUGACGCUGCCUGGUUUAAGUGCCCCCCUGUUUGUUUUGAACCACUGCAUAACUUGACACUUGCUAAUCACAGUAUCAUACCCAGUCCCUUCAGCGUAUCACAGGCGAGUAGUCAGCUUCCAGACAAGGCAAUGUGACUGUUAAAGACUUGCACAGUGCGGAGGACCCCCAAAAGUAUUCUUGUGGACCUCUAAGAACCCUGUGCAUAUUCUCUGCUUACAUCUGCCCCUUCAGUGAUACAGGUCUUCCACCCUUAUAGACAGCCCAAGCCUAAAGGGAUGGGUGUGGGCUCAGACAGCAAAGGACCCCAUAUGUUUAGUUUUUCUGUAGGGCUGUGUUGAAGGCCCAUCAGAAAUCUGUCUCUCCUUAGCAGUAGCGUGGUAUGGUUUGCUGAGAUGUGGAGCCCCACUCUAACCUACCUAUAGCUAUGGUUUAUCCAAAUGCCAAAGAUAAGGAGAGGGGAUUGACUCGGGUUUUUUAAUUGUUGUGCAGAUAAUGACCACCAGUCUCCACAGAGUGAGUUAGUAAAGAUGAAGAGUGUCAAGAGCUUAUUGUCUUUAAGCAGUUUCAAGUGUGAAUGAGGUGUUUGGCCAUAUCUCUCCUACCCCCUAUGCAAUUGUAAUUCUCAGGUUGCAGCUCUGCAAUCCUAUAUCCCCAGAUAUUGUACUGGAAAUGGAGGUUACGGCAUCCACGAGGACAGAAAGGUGAGCUCUCAGCUUCCUCGAGAGAAAAAGUGAGUUUUCUUAGAAAGUGGGAAUCACACCAGGGAUUUGAGCCUUCUCAUUUAGAAAGUUUGGGAGGAAAGCUGUGGGGGCAGGAAGGCAGUUCAGCAGGGACAGAACGUACCCAGUGAACUAACGUACGUCUUGUCGCAUAGUGGGAAGGAGCUGCAUAAGCAGUAGAGGGUGUUGGAAUUUGGCUACAAUUUCCAACUCAGAUUUCAGUUACUGCUGAGUGAACACGGCUCCUAAUAGCUGUAUUCAGGGUUUAAUGCAUGGAUCCACCCGCGGAAGGUAGAGGCACUGCUUUUAAUAGCAACCACGUAGGAAGCAGGAGAGGACAGUUAAGUUGAAAAGGUGUGUUUCUGUGAUCACCAGGUCUCUGCUCUAAAGACAUGACCCUGAUCCUGCCUGAUUUUAGCAAAGUUCUCUGAUAACAUUUUUGUUUGACUCAAGUGGGAAGAGGUGGGAUCAGGCCAGAUGCUAUAGCAACAAAGACCAUGGUGAUGUGCCAGUGGGUGUGGCAGCUGCGCCACUGGGCUGGCGACAGCUCUGCCAUCCCUGGGGCACCCAGGCUGUCCCGUGGAGCAGCUUGGGAAGGUUGGUUUGGGUCUGAGUGUUGGCCACCUCCUCUGCUCCAAAAGCUGGCUGUUGGUGGUACCAUGAGAAGGUUUCUAGCAUGUGCCUCCAUGGGUUUCCUGCAAGCGUCCUCCCCCCCGGUGGCACAGAGCCACCACGAAGAACAAGCUCAAACCAAAAAGACAAUCCAAGCAUUUUAGCAAAAAAAAAAAAAAAAAAAAAAAAGAAAAGGAAAACAAAUGCAAACCAGAAACAACUUGCUACCAGUGCAAUGUUCUUGCAUUGAACUAAAAUAAGAUCCCUCUGUCAUUAGAGGUCUGAUUCAUCAAUGGGAACCAAACAUAGAGAUCUACAUCCUUGAAUGUCUCAGUCAACAUAUCACCUCAGCAUGCAUACAGUUUUAUUUGUAUUCAUUGGUUCUGUGGGGAAAACUGUAUAUUCCCCUUGUUUAGUCAAUGAAAAUUGGGGGGGGGGAGGACAAGCUGUGGGUGGGAGGGAUUUUUGUAUAAGGCAUCAUUUUUUUUCCUCUGUGUGUGAAGAUUUUAUGUGUUCAUCUACUGAUUCCACAUAUGCUAUUAUUGUAAAUAUUUAACAUUUCUAUUUAUUAUAGUGUCCCCAUUUAAAAAAAAACACUGCUGGCUAUGAUAAUUUAAACGUAUGUCAUGACCUGUGUUGUAUAUAUUCAUGCCACUAGUAUGGGUUUUUUUAUGUUUAAAGCUGCGUAAAUAUAGUUUUAUACAGUUCCAUAAUGUUAUUGACAGCAUAAAUCAUUUAUUUAUUGUUAAACCUUCUUUCAUAUCUAACAGAUAGGGUGCGUCUUACCUGAGAUUAUUUUAUUGUGACAUCUACAUAGCCUUAAUUCUUUAUAAAAAAGAAAAAAAAAAGUCCAUUUAGAUACUGUAUGAUGCUUUAAUUAACAUUCCUUAUGAACUUGCUGUUCAUAGAGGAGGUUUAGCUUAAAAGCCAAGGUAUGAAUGUUUCCUUUAUGCUUUGCAUCUGGAAUGAGCCUUGUUCUGGAAUGAAAAUACUGCAAGAAGCAAAACGCCUACUGGAAAAAGAUAGCAGUAAACCCUGGAAAAUGCUGUCCUAACUUACAGUGCUGAACUAAAAGGAGAAAAAAAAUAAAAUAAAAAAAAUACAAACUGUCCUUAAUUCCAAAUCUCUGGGAGAAAAACAUACUAGUUUUAUCUCAUGUAGAAUUUGCAGCCAAAUAAGCUUGUAAAUAAAGAAAAUGCAUAUGGCUUUAGAGAAAGCUCUGUACCUUUCACACUAUUAUUUUCCUUAAACACUAAUAAAUGUUUUGAAUAAGUC